AUGACUACAUUAAAAUCAGGCAGCAGUGUGGAAACUGCUGCAGUAGAGGCUGAUCUAAAGACGCUAAUUCAUCUCAUCAAGACUAAUUGGAAGUUUGAUGUUUCAAGCCAGGCCUGCAAUGACUUAAACUUAAAAAAAUGGAAUAAAAUUACAAUUGUUCCUCUUGCGAAAGACUUAAAACUCCUUAAAAAUUAUCUUUGCGAAAAAUAUAAGUCUGCAGCAUCUAAGUUAAUAGAAUCCGAAACUAGCAAUAUUGAAGCGUACAACACUCUAACAGAGACAGUUUACUGCCGCGUUCUUCUUCUCAACAGACGUCGGCCUGGUGAACUGCAACGUCUCCCACUCAGCAUCUACCAAGAGAGCAGCAAUGACAAAAGCGCAUAUGAGGAAUUUGACCGAGCUAUUUCAAGUGCGGGAAAAAGUGUUGGUAAAUAG